AUGCCAUUCUGUCCUCCACGCCUCACUCCAUACAUCGAUCGCUCUUUGGUCGCAUCGAGGUACUCGCAGGAUCAUCCCUAUCUGCACGACUCUGAUCCUGAGUCUUACCACCAAGGCCUAUCGUUGCAUAUUUCCCGUCCGCUCUCUGCCCUUGCGCUGAAGCUACAGGACCCUCGUCUCAAGUGUGACCGGAACUUGGGAUGGAACAUCGACUGGGCGGUUGCUUUCCUUGUUGACUUUUUGGAUCCGAAGAACAGUCCUGAUGCAGCGGCUGUGUUGAAGAACAUCCGCGUACGAGCGCAGGCGCUGGAGAAGGAAGGUCAUGCGUUGGAGAUCCCUUUCCGUAUCUUCGGCAAGCUGAACGAAACAUUGUUCGCAGGACACUUGAAGAAUGCGGUUUAUCUUGAGCUCAGGAAGCUACAUCCGGACGUGUCAGGGGCUACGCACACUCACGGCUGGGGUCUUGAUCCCAAAGUGAAGAGAGUGUCCGUCUACCUUAACAAGGAUACUUUCCUGCAUAGGUCUCGAGACCUCAUCGGGACGCUUAUCCACCACAUGAUUCACGCCUACUUCCUCAUCGCAUGCGGCCCGCAAGUCGAAAAAGAGACGGCCUACGGACGUCUCGACCACGGCUUCCACUUCGGCAGGAUCAUGACAGCGAUAAAGAAACUUUCAGGUCUCAACGGCCGCCCCCUUGCAUCCCUCGACUUCGGCCACACCCUUGGCCAGACUAAUCGCCUCUUCUACGACGAAUACUAUCACCACCGGCGCAGACCGUUCCACCAGCGUAGCGGCAAAGAAAAGUGGUAUUGCAGCCACUGCUACUCUGACGUCGCCGCCCUCUCCAACGGCGAACUCGAUGCCUGGUACGGCAUGGUGUGCAAACCCCUCCUCACUCUCCCCGAACCCCUCCGCAGCGCCGCAGUCCAGAUCUAUAAUCCCCGCCAACACAUUCUCGAAGACGUUCCCCGCGCUGAAACCACGCCCUCCGCCGCCUCGAACGAAUUCAUCUACAAGGACAAGUCCGUACUUGUACCCUUCACCAAAUUGGACAACUUCUACAGCGUCCGACGCGCGUUCGAGAAAGUGGGGUGCAGGUACUUAGAACUGAACGAAAUCAUCCACCAGGACACUGUGCUUCGCUUUUUCGAGCUACUGCACACAGGAUCCUACGGCCCGGAUGCAAAGCUCGCCCUAUCACAGGGAAGGAAAGGUCCGCCGGACAUCAAAAGUCCUAGCACGGGGGAACCGAAUCUCCUUACCGAUAUCCGGAUGUACAAAAUGGGUAUCAUAAUGGGGUUUGACGAGCUGAAGGGGACGGCGCUAGAGAGGAUGUAUAAGCAUGCUGUUACGCACGAGGAUCCUAUCACCCUACUCCAAGAACUAUAUGGUUGUGGGGAACCGGACGCUGAUUUGAAAGCUUGGACGAGGAAGUUUUUGGCAAAGGUGCCGGAGGGUGAGUGGGAUGCAGUGGUGGGAGAACCAAGUAAUCUGGCAAAACUGGAAUGCGAGCUGAUGGGGUGGAAGGCGAGAUUUAAUGAUUUGCUUGAGAGUAGUAGUGCGUUAAAGUACGAGGUGGGCAUGGUCAAAAGGGAGUUGGUCGCAAGUGGGCUGUAUGCUCCUGCGUCGGGGCCGGGCCAUGGAGGACCGUUGACUCUGCCGCCGAGGCAUUUGGCACCGCAAAUAAUGUUGGGAAUGGGAAUGGGGAUGAGGCAUCAUGGGCAUCUGACUUUGCCACGGGUGCCACCAAAAGUGGAGAUAGAGAGGAGGGCGGCUGCUGCUGCUGCCGCUGCUGUGGCGAGCGAUCCGUAUCUGGCGGGAAGCCUGCGCUACGCGGACGAUUACGGUGAUGUUGCUUCGACGUGGGACGGCACUUGGUGA